GGGCUCUCCCGUCGGGGGGCGGGCCGGCAUCGGACCUGAGGGCCAAGAGCCGGCGCCGGGAGCACCCAGAGCGGCAGCGGCCGGCGCCCCGGGCACCAUGAGCGGCCGUGUCGGGGACCUGAGCCCCCAGCAGCAGGAGGCCCUGGCCAGGUUCCAGGACAACCUCCAGGACCUGCUGCCCACCUUGCCCAAGGUCGAUGCCCACUUCCUCCUGCGCUGGCUGCGAGCUCAGAACUUUGACCUGAAGAAGGCGGAGGACAUGCUCCGGAAGCACAUCGAGUUCCGGAAGCAGCAGGACCUGGACCACAUCCUCACGUGGCAGCCCUCAGAGGUGGUCCAGCGCUACGACUCGGGCGGCCUGUGUGGCUACGACUACGAGGGCUGCCCCGUGUGGUUCGACAUCAUCGGGGGCCUGGACCCCAAGGGGCUGCUCCUGUCCGCCUCCAAGCAGGAGCUGAUCCGCAAGCGCAUCAAGGUCUGCGAGCGGCUGCUGCAGGAGUGCGAGCUGCAGAGCCAGAAGCUGGGCAGGAAGAUCGAGACGGUGCUGAUGGUGUUUGACUUGGAGGGGCUGAGCCUGAAACACCUGUGGAAGCCAGCGGUGGAGGUCUACCAGCAGUUUUUCUCCAUCAUCGAAGCGAAUUAUCCCGAGACACUGAAGAAUUUAAUCAUUGUUCGAGCCCCCAAGCUGUUCCCUGUGGCCUUCAACUUGGUCAAGUCGUUCAUGAGUGAGGAGACGCGACGGAAGAUCGUGAUUCUGGGAGGCAACUGGAAGCAAGAGCUGCCCAAGUUCAUCAGCCCCGACCAGCUCCCUGUGGAGUUCGGGGGGACCCUGACCGACCCCGAUGGCAACCCCAAGUGCCUGACCAAGAUCAACUAUGGGGGCGAAGUGCCCAGGAGCUACUACCAGCACAGCCGGGUGCGCGUGCCCUACGAGCACACGGCCACCGUGGGCCGCGGCUCCUCGCUGCAGGUGGAGCUGGAGAUCCUGUUCCCGGGCUGCGUGCUCAGGUGGCAGUUUGAGUCGGACGGGGCGGACAUUGCCUUCGGCAUCUUCCUGAAGACCAGGCAGGGGGAGCGGCAGCGGGUAGGGGAGAUGGCCGAGGUGCUGCCCAGCCAGCGCUACAACGCACACCUGGUGCCCGAGGACGGCAGCCUCACCUGCCCCCAGGCCGGCGUCUGUAAGAGCUGGGACGUCCUGCGCUUCGACAACACCUACAGCCUGGUGCAUGCCAAGAAGGUCAGCUACUCCGUGGAGGUGCUGCUCCCCGACAGGGCCUCCCAGGAGGAGAUCCAGGGUCUCCAGGCCACAACACCAUCCCCGGCUCCAUGAAGACCCCGCCGCUGGCUCUGCGCCUGGGCUCCCCAUCCCCCUCAGCACCCACGCCCCAUCCCCGCCCCCCCAAGCAGGGCUGCUGGAGGUGACCCCGAGGGCACUCCCCUCACCUCACCCUCUCCGCCCCUCCUGGCCCCGCGGCCACGCAGGGAGGGGACGCCGGUGUGCAGACCCCCUGAGGAUUCAGACGGGCAUCUCAUCGCCUGUCUGCCGAGGACGGGUGAGACCCGAGGGCGAACCAGCAUCGCUGAGGAUCACGCACAUCUGGGCGUGGCGGCCUGUCCCGGAGCACAGCCUCAGGCCUCAGGACAGGGCGGCCGCGGUCUCUGCAGGAAGGGGCUCGGCGGGACGGGCAGGGCCAGCGGGAGGUUUGAGAGUCUGCACAGGAGCUCCGAGGCUCUGAGAAGCAGACGGGACGUGCGGGCAGUCUGGUGAGGAAGGAGGCUGCUUGCCGGCCCCGGGGAGCUGGCCGGGGCUGGCUGCCAGGGACACCACCGGACGGCGCGGCCCAGGGCUGUUCCCGCCCCUCAGAGCGGCUUUCCCACCGCCUGGCGGCCCUACGGGGCCACCCUCCCUGCAGCCCCCCAGAUGCAGCCACGUCUGGAGAACCCGGGGCCCUCGGGCAUCCCAGAGCCAUGCCCGCUGUCUGCCCUCGGCAGGCCAGAGAGGGCCCCUGACCGGGGCUGGGGGAACCCUUCGCCAGGUUCUGCCGGGCCCGCCUGUUGCUAUGACAGAGGCUCACGAUAGGUGACUUCCACCCUCACAAUCCCCCCUCCUCCCCCAAAAGCAAGGGAGGGGGUUAGCCCGGCGGCGUGGCUCCGUGGCUGAGCAUUGACCUAGGAACCAGGAGGUCACGGUUCGAUUCCCGGUCAGGGCACAGGCCUGGG